ACGUACGAUGUCCAUCCCACAAAUUGCUGUCGAUUCCAGUUUCUUCUUCUUCUUCUUCUUCCAAACAACUAUCCUAAUUUUUGGCAAGUUUUUUGGACAAAUCUCGAGAUUAUAUGUCGUUCUAUUCACUUAUUGGAGCUCGAAUUCACAUAUUAUCACUUCAUUUUGAACAAAUUAGCUACUCUAGGGGUUUAGUAUUUUCACUCUCUGAAUCCAUUUGCGGUUGAUUUCCGUUUCUUCUGCUUCGAAAGGCUUCAGGUUCUUUUUGGACAAAUCCCGAGAUCAUCAUGUAGUUCUAUUCACUUAUUAGAGCUUGAAUUAACACAUUAUCAUCAAUUAUCACUUCAUUCAACUCAAGUUCGCUACUCUAGGGUUUUUUGGACAAAUCUCGAGAUGAAUCAGAAGGGGUUGAUUUACAGCUUUGUUGCAAAAGGAACUGUUGUAUUGGCAGAACACGCAGCGUACUCAGGGAAUAUCAGUACAAUUGCAGUUCAAUGCUUACAGAAACUACCUACUAACAGCAGUAAAUACACGUACUCAUGUGAUGGGUACACCUUCAACUUCUUGCUUGAUCUAGGGUUCGUUUUUCUUGUUGUUGCUGAUGAAUCGAUGGGGCGAAGUGUGCCAUUUGUGUUUCUCGAGAGAUUGAAGGAUGAGUUUAAGCAGGCUUAUGGUGGAAUUAUUGGGAGUGAUAAUGAUAAUCCACUUGCCGAGGAUAGUGAUGAUGAUUUGUUUGAAGAUCGGUUUAGUGUUGCGUAUAAUCUUGACCGAGAAUUCGGGCCUAAGAUAAAGGAACAAAUGGAUUAUUGUUUAAAUCAUCCAGACGAAAUGAGUAAGCUGUCUAAACUAAAGGCUCAGAUUACUGAGGUCAAAGGGAUUAUGAUGGACAACAUUGAGAAGGUUUUGGAUCGUGGGGAGAAGAUUGAAUUACUAGUCGACAAGACCGAAAACCUUCAAUUUCAGGCAGACAGCUUUCAUAUACAGGGAAGGCAAUUGAGAAGGAAAAUGUGGCUGCAGAAUGUACAAAUGAAGCUUAUGGUUGGGGCAUCCAUACUUACUACUAUCAUAAUUAUUUGGCAAAUAGUUUGUGGCGGUUUUGGAUGUUGAAAGUUUUUAAGAAACAUCAGGCCCGGUUUGGUUCACGAAUUCUAAUUCUUUUAAAAAUAUUCUGUAAACCAAACGGCACCUUAUUACUCUCAAGUUUGGUUUUCUUAUACUUUUCGGUGUACAUAUUAAACCACUUAUCAAUAAAAAAAAGAUGAUAUUCAAGAACCGGA